AGGAGGAUGUGUAUUCAGUUUGGUACAAUCAAGAGAUGAAGUUGCAUAGUGAGAAAUAUUAUCAAUGACUUUUACAAUAAUCUAAAGUGAGCCUCUCAGAUGGAGUCAGAGUGUGAGCAGCUUUGUGGAGCUCCUGAUGAGGAAGAGGAGGGUUGCAGAGCCAUGCUGUGGUCCCUCCAGGAGGCUCUGGAGAGGCAGACCCUGCAGAUAGGAGCGUCAGCCUGCGGGGCCACGGCCGUGGUGGACGUCCUGAAGGCCCUCGGCGUGGACGUGGCCCCCGAGGAGGCCGAUCGCUGUGUGCAAACUCGCCUGAGGAGGAACGAGUCACCGCUGCCUGACUAUCUGCUGUCCCGGAGCGAAGCUGGUGCGACUCACGCUCAGCUUAUCGCAGGAGCAGAGGAGGCCAGUAAAGGCGCAGUGAUGGGUCGCUUCUUCCACCUUCACCCUCGCCGGCGGGUGAAGCUAAUCCCUUGGCUCGCCCGCUGGAUUCGAAAGAGCGCUGUUCCCGUGGCGACCAUGAACAUGCAGCUGGCUGUGCCCGAGGGAGAGGAGGUGCCCGACGCCUGGCACCACCAGCUCAUAUUUGGGGUCGCACCUAAUGCUGUUUUCAUGACAAAUCCUUUAGAUUGUUAUCAUUUUGUCAAAUUUCUUCUAGUAAGCGAGGCUGAGGUGCACCAACGACUCUGCAGCGAAUCAGUGCUGCUGAUUCGCCGAGAAGACGUCCUGCAGCGAUUAGUGCCUGAUUCCUGUAUGCAGGGUUUGUCAGAGAGCCAGUCUGACCCGCGAUGGAAAGUCCUGGAUGUUGAGGGUCAGGUGGGUCAGAUGGUCCGAGAAGAGGAACAGGAGCGACCCCUGUUAACGCACAUCACGAUCCCUGCAGCGUACGGUUCAGGCGUCACGCUCUUCGCCUUGCGACAGUCAGAAGUCGGACAAGAACUCCUCAACGCGCCUGAACUCCCUCUGUUUUGACUGCAGCGGCAACCGUGGACUCGAGACUUAAAACGUAACAAGUUUUUUAUUGCGAUAUGAGAAAUAAAACUGAUACUGUGACAUUUUGUUUCGCAGAAACCCACGAGUAAGUAAUUUCACUGUCAUCCAUGUACAUUUUCAUCACUGAUGCCUGUUGUCUUUUCAUAGUUUUCACUGUAGAUUCCUCUCGAGAUGGAUAAAAUCUUUUCUCUGAUCUGUUUAGAAAUCGCAUCCGUCAUUUUUUCUGUGUAAUUCAGAGUUAUUGCAUUAAUAUCUAGUAUCUGAUUCACGUUGUUUAUCUGCAGCUCGCUUUUGUCGCUUCUUAUCUCGGCCAAGACACACUUCAUAAAGAUAUUUAUAAUCUCAGUGGAUUAAAAAACAGAUGGUGAAAAUAA